AAGCCUCUGUCACCGCUCUUCACUCUCCCCACAGUUCUCCGUCUCUCGCUCUCUCUACUUUCUCUCCCUAACUCAACUGUUACAUUUCUCGCACUGUCACAAUCGAGAUUUUGUAAAAAAAAGAUUCGCGGACGAUUCGGUUCUCUGAAUCAAGCAUUUGUUUCAUGAAAUGAGGAUUAGAUCUUGGGCACAGUCUAGGGUUUCGGAAUAGUCCCUGCUCAAUGGCUAUCCGAGGAGUAGAUUUCAAGUGGUAUGAUGGGUUUUUCUUGUCGAUGCUCGCUACUAGUGUAAUAAUUGUAGCAAUCAAUUGGAAGCGAUACGAUCUAUGUACAUAUCCGUUGCAUAUAUGGAUCAUGGUUGACUAUACCACUGUGUUUGUUUUUCGGCUCUUGAUGUUUGUAGAUAAUGGGCUUGCUGCUGGAAUGGGUUUGGAUUUUGGGUGGCAGCAGAGAUAUGCUCGCUUUUGUGGAAGAAUAGUGGUUCUUUCCAUUCUUUCUUUGCUACUUUAUCCCUUUCUUUGGGCUUGGACUGUAAUUGGUACUCUGUGGUUCACUAGGGCAAGAGACUGUUUACCUGAAGAAGGUCAGAAAUGGGGUUUCCUUAUUUGGUUGCUUUUCAGCUAUUGUGGACUCCUUUGCAUUGCUUGCAUGUCCAUGGGGAAGUGGUUUUCACGAAGACAAGCACACUUACUACGUGCUCAACAAGGGAUUCCUGUUUCAGAAUAUGGGGUUUUGGUGGACAUGAUCAGGGUACCAGAUUGGGCUUUUGAAGCUGCAGGCCAGGAGAUGAGAGGCAUGGGUCAAGAUGCUGCUGCAUACCAUCCUGGCCUUUACUUGACUCCAACUCAGAGGGAAGCAGUGGAGGCUCUUAUUCAAGAACUUCCAAAGUUCAGGCUGAAGGCAGUUCCAACUGAUUGCAGUGAAUGUCCCAUCUGCUUAGAAGAGUUCCAUGUGGGAAAUGAGAAGGUUUUAUACUGGUUGCAACCCCACACAAAUUCUCUUAUGUCCGGGAUGCUGGCUGAGCGAGAUGCAGCUGCAAAAGUGAUGCAGGUGGAGCUAUUAAAGGAAGGAAAAUUAGUGACACAAGGAUAUGUUUGGUUCUCGGAAAAUUUCAGGGAAAAUGUUCGUGGCCUUCCCUGUGCUCACAAUUUCCAUGUGGAAUGCAUUGAUGAGUGGCUCCGGUUGAAUGUGAAAUGUCCUCGUUGCCGCUGCUCAGUCUUCCCAAACCUUGACCUUAGCGCGCUGACCCAUUUUCGGGCCGAUUCAGAAAGAUCAUCUGCUAGUGUGGUGACAGCCACUCGUUAUGUGAGAGUCCAACCUCCCAGCCAGGGCUAUAUGUUGAGAUUGCAGGGCUUUCUCCGGCCAGUCCGGACGGAAAAUGCAGGGGCAGGCAACGAUGCAGAUAAUGCUUUGGAAAAUGCUGAGAAUGGUGGUCUGCCAGUUGUAACGGAUGAUCUCACAAACACAGAACCAGCACCUUUUGAUAAUGGAGUGCUGGUUCAUCACUCCACCCCACCUCAAAGUUAAGACCAUUUCUUGAAUUUUCUCUUACACAUUUUAUGUUGGCAUCUAACUGCAUGUACUGAGAGAAGACACCUGAUGCUUAUACUGGGUUUUCAUUGUAAUGAAAAGAAUUUAUUGAUAUGAAGAUCGUUUUUUUCA